UAUGUGGGAGCACGGGCGUCACACCCAGUUUCCCCUAAGAGAAAUUCAAAAUUAAACCCUAAAAUUUUUGGGAUAGUAAUAAAAUUUGUGUAGUGUUUCUUAAUGUGAGUGGGGAAUUCUCUUGACCCCCUCACUCCUCUUUCUCCGCUUCUGCUUCGUUUCUUUUUCCCGUAAAAGAGUGAGGAAUUCUCCACCAAAUCGGGAGAAGUGAUAGCAAUUUAGGUUCUUUGCGCUUAUUAGUACAGAUAUGACAGAUGCUCCUGAUUUGCUUUCGUUAUGUAUGAAAGCAAUUACAAAAGAAAUCAUACAUGGGGAUGAACAGAAUUGGCAGGAUGUAUAUGAACUACCACUGGACUUGUUUGAUUCCUUAAUUACACGUUUGCCUGCUUUCGGUUUGCAAAAAUUACAAUCCCAAAUUUCAUUUAAGAACUAUAACGAGUUUUCUGGUGAAGGAUAUAAGGAUGGGAAGAAACGUGGAAGAUACUGUGCCUUUAAUUCAGCUUGGGAGUCACUGUUUAAGUCAAGGUGGUCGGAGGGGGUCAAGCAGAAUAGACCAGGUGAUCGGUUUACAGAGCAAAUGAUACCGAAGUUUGAGCAAGCAAGCUUUAAUGGUGACUGGCAGCAGUUGUACUGGGAAGCGCAUAUACAGAGUUGCUUAGAUGAAGCAGCGGAGGAAGCACUACUUCCAUCUUUUGAUGGAUGUAUUGGUGAAAUUUCAAUUCCAGACACUAUUAUGAAAUGUGUUGGUUAUGAGAGAUGCCUAUGUCGCAUAUCCUGUACUUACUCAAAGAUAUCUUAUCAUUGCCAACAAUUUGGGUGCUAUGCAAGAUGCCUGAAACUUCAGAAUGUGCAUUGUAAUGCAGAAACAUGUCGCUUAUUAAGGAACAGCAAUCUACGGAGCUUGGUCUUACGUGGGAUCAAAUCUGAAGAGCAUGUCAAUGGAACAUGCAUGCUUUUGAGACAACACUGUGAGACAUUGUCAUCUCUUGAGUUUAUAUACUGCAGGCUUCAGUCAACUGCCAUGAACGCAAUAUUUCAUUCUUUAAAUGCUACUAAAAAACAUGGCAUGAAGUACUUCUCGAUCACGGCGUCCAGUGUUUUGGAUAGCAAUCCAGUUUGCUUACCUUCUGGGUUUUUAUCGUUCCUUUCUUCAGGAAGUUCUUUGCAUUUGUUAAGUUUUUCCCAGAAUUGUCUGGGUUCAAGUUUUGCGAAGAUGGUUUUGGAAACCCUUCUUGAUGCGUCAUCUGGUCUUUCUAUCCUUGACCUGUCUGAGAAUGAGAUUUCAGGUUGGCUCAUUAGCGCUAAAGGGAGACCCUCAAAUUUUAUGGCAUCAUCAUUAGGAACGGGAAAAUCCUUCUUGUCUUUGCAGGUGCUGAAUCUAAGGGGGAAUGAUUUGCAGAAAGAUGACACAAAGGGUCUUACAUAUGCUUUGCUUCAAAUGCCUAACUUGGUAAAUUUGGAUUUGAGCGACAAUCCUAUUGGUGAUGAUGGGGUUAGGAAUCUAGUUCCGUAUUUUGCCAAGAUAUCCGAAAGAGAUUUGCCACUGUCUAGUGUGAAGAUAGAGGACUGCAAACUCUCCUAUGAAGGAGUAGCUGACCUUCUUAAUUAUCUCUCUACUUCAAAAAAACAGUUGACUUCUCUAUCUAUUGCGGAUAACAACCUUGGGAGGCAAGUAGCAAAGUCGUUGGCCAACUAUUUGGGCGUGUCAUGUAUUAAGUUAUUCAGUAUUGAAAACAUUGGGCUUGGUCCUUCUGGCUUCUUUGAACUACGUGAAGAACUACCAAAGGAGAUGAAACUUGCUUGCAUCAACAUAAGCAAAAACCAAGGUGGAAUCGAAACUGCAAAGUUCAUUGUGGAACUCAUUUCGAGGGCUCUGGAACUUGUUGCAAUCGACGCUGCACAUAAUUUUAUGCCUUCGGAAUCACUGGAAACUAUAUGUUCGGCUCUGAGAUUAUCAAAAGGUAGGCUGGAGCAAUUGGAUUUGACAGGAAAUCCUGGUUGUUACCAACCAACUCCAACUUCCACAGUCACUGAUUUUCAGUGCCGUGGAAGACCUCUCAUAAUUCUUCCAUCAUCGCCUGUCGCUGGUGUUCUUUACGACAAUGAUCCCUAGAGUACAUGCUCAAUUCUUAUCUGCCAAUACACAUCCUGUCCAGCGAUUCCUGAAUGAUCGUGGUAGCCAAUGUGGAGAUUUGACUUGAGGAAAUCUACCUACUGCCUCACAAGUGAACAAGUAUGGGUAAUCAAUGUACAGAUUUGACUCAAGGGAAUCUACCUACUGCGUCAACAAGUGAACAAGUAUGCACGCAAAAGCAGAAUCAGAUUUCAUUUAUGAAUCAAUUUUCUUGCAAUGUCAUAUGUAUAGGGGUUGGCUUGGCUUGGCUGGAAAUGCCAAAAUCCAUUAGCUUGAUUCAAACAUAUGCCUGGUUUGACUAAGUCAAAAUAUUAAGGAGACCGAAGGAAAUGUCAUGCCUAUCCUUAUUAAAUGCUAGACUAUUACUGAAAUUAAAAAUAAAUGUAUAUGGAGUGAUUUUAUUAUUUUUGGAAAGGUUUAAAAGAAAAUAAAAACAAAUAUAUCCCACUAGUUAUCAAUC